AUGCAUUUCGGCAUUAAGGACAUCAAUAGAAACACCCAGAAAAAUUAUUCUAGUAUGACCAGUGAGGAGAAACUUAACUUGAGGAAGCGAAUCAUACAAGAUGCCCUAACCUUUGCGUACAACUUUUCCUAUUCCAAUUAUUCCACUUAUCAGUAUUUCUCCCCUAUGUAUGCUACCAGCACGGAGGAGCUAAAGAACCUGGAAAUUUUCAUCAAAGAAAUAAAGCUGGACAAUGGCAAAAAGGAUGAAAUGAUCAAACUAGCUAGACAAAGGAUCCCACCCUAUUAUUUCCCUUUCAGUAACAUGUACAGCGAAGGAGAACUCAAGUACUUCGAGAACUGCAUCGUUCCCUAUGUCAACAAGCAAGAAGAAGUUAAGCAAAUGCAGAAGUAUCUCUUCGACGUGUAUCAAAACUACGUUGUUUAUAAUAAUAUUUACGAAUUGUGGGCACAGGAGCUAGAGUCAUUAAACAAAUUGAUCCUGUUUGAUGCGUAUAGAAACAAAGUUAAGCACCAGGGAGACCAAGUGCAGGCAGAAAACCAGGAAAAAAUACACAAGAACAAAAUUGAAAAAAUCAAGAGGAGGAUUCGAAUGCACAUCUACAAGGAUGGCGAAGUGCCCCAGGAAUCCACGCAGAACUCGCAGGAAGGUAUUAUGCAGGCGGAAGGAACAAAAAAGGCAAAUAUCAAUUUUGACGACUGGUUGUGA